AACAAAAACAAAACAAAAAGAACUUCAAUCUCUUCUCUUAAACUCGUCAAAAGAAAAUGUCGAACACUCAGCAAAUCUUCAGCGCUGGAAAGGCCCGCGGUGAGGGUCAGGCUAAGGCAGAUCAGGUGAUGCAGCCUGCAAGUGAUAAGGCGUCUGAUGCUGCACAGAGCGCGAGGGAGAGCCAUGAGCAGGCUGCUGGCUUCCUUCAGCAGACCGGAGAGCAAGUAAUGAACAUGGCACACCACGCCACAGAUGCAGUGAAGAAUGCCGUCGGAAUGGACAGCAACACCACCACCGCCAGCUCCGGGGCCACCACCACCCGCACCACCACCACCACCACCAAGCGUAACUGAAUUACUUUCAGAUCAUAGAAAUUACCUACUGAUGGGUAAUUAUGCAAUUGGAUUUUGUUUUGGGGGUCUAAAAUAAAUAGUUGUGUCGUGAGUGAGGCUCGAUGUGGUUGUUUCCGAGUCCUGUUGUUGUUAUUGAUUCAUUGUUGUUUUCUGGCUUCUGUCAAAGAAUCCUGUUGACAUAAAAAAAAUACAAGGUUUAUCUCUUGUUUUAGUUACAAAAUUGUUCUAAUUCUUGAA